AUGCCCGAAUCUCAGGUGACACCCGACUGCAUCCUGUACAAUGCGGCGAUCCAUGUUUGCAAAGCAGGCGAGCUCUGGAUUGAAGCCACGGCACUGUGUUCGGACAUGCUGCAGCAGAGCAUUCUUCCGGAUAUCAUCAGCUUCAACACCCUCUCUCGUAUCUCUCGAAAGGAGUGGCCGGCAGUGCUUGGGAUCCUGAAAAGCCUUCCCUCUCAGAGCCUGAGGUCGGAUUCUGUGAGCCACAGCAACGCCAUCAGCGCCAUGGGCUCCAGAGGCAUGGGCUCAUGGGCUCGGGCCAUGGAUGUGCUCUCCACCAUGUCUUCGGCAUCGCUUGCACGCACUCCGAUGAGUUUGGGGAGCCUCUUUGGUGCUUUCCGCACUUCGUUCAGGGAAUGGAGAAGAGCGCUGGCACUGCUCGGCACUGCGCCGGACGAAGGUCUGCUCAACACCGUCGGGUCCAUGGCCUCCAUGGCCGAGUCGGAUGCCUGGCUACUUCCCCUGAGCCUGCUCAGCGCGAUGCCCCGUAGGAGGUUAAGCUGGAAUGCCCUCAGCCAGACGAACAGCAUGAGGCUCCAGCGUGGCAAGGGCGGUUGGCAAGCGGCCUUGCUGAUGGCCUGGUUGGGGAGUAGGUGCGGUUGCCUUGAAAGUCUCCACGUCUCGGCGCUCUGCUCGCUUCGAGGCCCAAUUUGGAAUCAGGCGGAGCUGUUGCUGUUGUUGCUCCGGUACAAGGGGAAGCAGCCGGACGCUUUGUGCCUGGAGGCUACAGCAUCCGCAAGGGAGGGUUCACCCGGUUCACCCCGUUCACCCUCCGGUGAAUCAUCGCCGCCAUCGCCCUUCUUUCCUUCGUGGCAAAGCUCCCUUCGCCUCUGGCGGGCCUCCUUGGCCUCCCUCUGGGAGGGGGAGCUCCGGCUCUUGGAGCGCUUGGAGCGCUUGGAGCGCUUGGAGGGCCUGGAGCCCUCUGCGAGCUCUGCGAGCUCUGUGAGCUCGAAGUCUGCAGCAAACUGCCUCGUCCUUUGUGCGCAAGCGAGGCGAUGGCAGCAGGCCGUGGCGGUCUUGGCCUUGGAACCCUCAAGAUCCUUAGCCCGUGUCGGCGUGCGGGGCGACGCAGCGGACGCUGCAGCGGUCGCCGUGGACGUGGUGGCCCUAACCAGCCUGACGAGGGCACUUUCCUCUUCCAGCAAGUGGCAGCUUGCGCAGCUGAGGCCAUGCUUUGUGGAGAGUGUGGCCGACAAGCUCCUGUGGCUGGCGCGCAUCGCCUCCUGUGCCAAGAGCUCCAACUGGGAGAUCUCCAUGGCUCUGUCCGCCCAGCUGGCAUCGCGGCGUGUGGUGCCAGAUGCCCCGGCCGCAGCGGCCGCCGCUGCCGUCGCCCUCAGCCGCAGCCCGACUCCGGCGGCUUACAAGGCCUUCGGCAGGGCCUUCGGCAGGGCUGGCACGGUCUCUAAGCAGCGCUCGCCGCCUCUCUCCUGGAAAUGGUCGCUGCAACUGCUCCGGGAGGCUUUCUUGGAUGGUGACGGAGGCUCUUUCGGUGGCUCCCAAGUGCUGACUUCAUGCCUCGGUUCUCUUUCCCAGAGUGCAGAAAUCACCGGCUCGGAGCUGUCGGAGCUGCUUGCAAGCUUCGUUGAUUCGGGGAUUCUGGAUCAAGUGGAUCUCAGCACGCAGCUCUGGUGCCUGGCCCGCUUCGCUUUCCGUGACCUGGACCUGAUCUCAGCUCUGCACGCCCAGGUCUGCCUCUCAUGGAAUCUCUUGAGCUGCCAUGAACUCGCAGUCCUAGCCUGGUCCUUUUGCAUGCUUGGCCUGCGGGGCAGGGCUUUGAGCAUACUGCUCCGAGCGCGGAAGACUCUCCACACCUUCGAGGACCGCGACAUGAUGCUCUUGGCCUGGGCCACGGGAGUGGAGUCAGCGGAGUCAGCGGAGCCGUCCGGGGAAGCACGGGAAGGAUGUGUGGAAUGUGUACACUGUGUACACAGCUUCGUAGAUGCCACAUUGGCCGUGCAGGCGGAGAUGUCCCGAAGGCUCGAGCACGGGAUGCGGGGGUGGAUGGUGCGGAUGCAGGGGGAGUUGCUUCGGGAGGCAUUGGGAGUGCUCUGGGCCUAUUCCUGCUGUGGCCUGGCAAGCGACCGGCUCCAGAGAGCCCUCCUCCGAAGGCUCCACAGUUUCGGAAGCCUCCUGGACGCGGCCUCUGGCAGGGCCUCUGGAGACCCGAAAGACGCGGAGGAGGCAGAGGCACCAGAUGCACGAAACGCACCUGCACCUUCGUUUGCAAGAUACCUGGCCCCUCUGGAGAGGCCGAGGCUCUUCACGGACUUUGCGGACUUUGAAGAGGGUGCCGAGUUGAGCGACUCGCGCGACUCGAGCGACCUGAGCCAGGCGAGUGCGAGCUUAGGCAGGGGGCCCUUCUUCUGGGGAGAGCCGCGCAUCUCUGCAGACUUGGCAGAUUGCUGGGUUGUGUUCAAGCCAUGCGGCUGGGAGGUCCACAAUCAUCACACGGAGCAUCAGGUAGUUUCCUGCAUGCAAGUGCAUGGCAGACCAAUUACUUUCGAUUCUUCGCACGACUUUGGCUUCCUGCAUCGCUUGGAUGUUCCAAGUUCCGGGCUUCUUCUUGCUGCGAAGUCCUACCGUGCAUUUUACAGCUUCAAGUUCCAGCUGGCGGCCGGCAUGAUCACUCGGGAGUACACCGCCUUGUGCCACGGACUCUUGCCUCGAAGCAGAGAGGUCCGAGCCGCGGUCAUCUGGGACUCAACAGGGCCCACCCGCUCUGGGGGCUAUGGGAAGCCUUCCCGUACCUCCCUUGCAGUGAUGGAGCACCUUGGCAAAAGAGCCGGCAACAGAGCCGGCACAAAUGGCAUCUCCAUCAUCGCGAGCCUGGUCAACAUUCUCAUCGGCACGGGACGUCGCCAUCAGAUUCGAAGCCACUGCGCGCACGUUGGGCACCCGACCUUCUGCGAUAGCCGCUACUUGUCUCUGGGGACUUGGGAGGAGGACGUGAGGGUGUGCCCGAGGAACUUCCUACACCGCUUUCGGCUUUCCUUUCAUGUUCCAGGAGAUGGGCAGCUGGGAGAUGCGGCACUUGACAGUAUUGAGGGACUGGAGGGACUGGAGGGACUGGAGGGACUGGAGGGACUGGAUCUGGGAGGACUGGGAGUGCGGGUGAGCUUCGAGGAGCCUCUGCCAGAGGAGCUGGUGGCCUGCUUGGCCUGCUUGGGACUUGGAGAAAUGUCGUCUCCUUGA